AUGCAUCCAGAUCCCUCAUUUGUUGAGACAAUGGGAUUUCCUUCUAUUGCCGAUUUUGCGCAGGACCCAGGUCUAUUCGCUGAUCCCCCACCCAUGCAGGACACAGCCCCACCUUCUCCGGAUGAGCCUCCCGUUCCUAAAAGAUCACCAUUCAAAUUCAAAAAAAGACCACGAGUCACGUCGGAAUCGCCUGAAUCGACGGUCGAUCCUAGAGGAUCACCAAGAAUCAAGCUGGAAUCGCCUGAACCGACCAUCGACACUAAUAUAUCGCCACUCGGCGCGGGACCUGUCUGUGUCAGGGUCAGAUUCAUUCUCAAGUUUGGUAACGAUAGCAUUGACGGUCUAUCAAAUCUACUCAAGCUAUAUGAUAAUUGGGAUUGGGCGCCAGAUACGGAAAGAAUGGAGCGGUUACGCGCAAUGAACGAUAUCUUCUGCAAAUGGAAAAGUAGGUUCUUGGAUCUCAAAGCUGUGAGACGGCAUCUGGAGCCCGAGCAGUGCCGCUAUCGUGAGAUCAAGCGUUUGGUGGCGAUGUUUGAAGAGAUGGGAUGGGAUAUUAUGAAAGCGCAGAUUACAAACUUGGGAUAUUCGCACCAUGUACUAAGUAAGUUAAUGUUUGCGAAGUUUGCUUGGUCUCAUCGCAGGGCGGCCGAGCUCUUGUGGAGGGGCUACUGA